AUGGCGCCCAUUGAUGCUACGGCUGGUGCGCUACUCGAUGGCGCUACGAUCUCUGCGAUGUUAUACGGGGUUAGCUGCGCCCAAGUUGUCCAGUACUACCUUACGUUUCCUGGUGAUUCGUGGCGAAUCAAGCUUAUGGUAGCGACCGUAUGGCUGAUGGACACUCUCCAGCAAGGUCUGCUUUCGCAUGCUGCAUGGUUCUACGCGUCUCGUAAAUGUGCUAGUCUGACGGUGCCUGGAUGUGAAUACUGGGCAUGGAGUGUUUUGGGAGAGGCAAUCCCUUCAAUCAUCGCCAUAUCCAUUGUCGAGGGCUUUUAUAUUAUGAGGAUAUGGCACUUUGGCAAUCGGAAGUCGGCCAUGAUCCUGAUCCUUCCGGCGUUUAUCGCACCAACAUUCCUCUUUGUAAACUUUGCAAACCCGUCAUUUUUCGUCGGUGGCGAACACUUCACGAUCGCAGAGUGGUUCACUUGCAUCGCGGCGGCAUCCUACGCUGUGACCGACAUCGGGAUAGCAUCCAUGUUGUGUUACUACCUAUACACUUCCCGGCAUCUCGUCUCCGCUACCUCCAAGUCCAUGAUCAACAAUUUGAUCAAUUACGCCAUUGCGACUGGUCUCCUGACUAGUAUUAUCAUGUUAACCUAUCUCGUUACGUUCGUUGCACUUGCGGGAGAUAUGAUCUUCCUGGCCGUGUAUUUUGUGGGGACGAAAGUAUAUGUAAAUUCACUCCUAGCAGCCUUGAAUAAUCGGGAACGCCUUCGUUCUCGGCAUGAAUACGCAUCGCAUGUUGAGUUCUGA